AUGACGGCUUUGUCACCCAGUGACGAAUUCAAGAUGGUGGCUUUGUCAUCCCAGGAAGAAUUGAAUAUUCAAGAUGGCGGCUCUGUCACCCGGAGACGAAUUCAAGAUGGUGGCUUUGGCACCCUUAACACCGUUGGAGGAGAAAGAGUUAAGAUAAACAACACCAAUUUACUAGACCAAACAAUUAGUUACUACUUUCCUAUGGCCGACGCCAACAAACGGAUCAGGGAACGGUACGGAAAUGACGUCAUCGAUAUUCCAGGACACGAAACAGUUCUACGACCCAAAGAAACGCUGCGAAGAUUGUGUGACCAUCUAGGUGUCACGUGCUCUGAGGAGUAUGUUGGAAAAUGUAGCCAGGUUUUGUUCGAUACUCCUUCGAUCACCAGGCACACGUGGACUGAACAGCAGAUACAGCGUGUCACAACAAAGAUGAAGGAAUACAUCUUCUCUGGAAGGGUGACAGAUCGCGACAAAGGCGUCGUCGAACAGCAUUUACAGACGAACAACUCAAUCGGUUGGAGGACUCAUUUGAAAGCGAAAAAUUCCCGGGCAUUCAGAUACGCGAGGAUCUUGCGAAAGAACUCAACAUUGGGGAGGACAGAAUUCAGAUUUUUUCUGUCUCACGUCAUUUAUCUGCUUGGCAUUGUGUUGAUAUUGUAUUGUAAUGCAGUGCGCACUCAUUUUACUCAUGCUAGCUUCUUUGACUUUUAUUUACAGGUCUGGUUUCAAAACCGUCGCGCAAGAUGGCGCAAACAUGAGAUCAAGAACAAACCCGCUCCAGUCCUCCCUGCUUCAAAGACGCUGUCAGACUGCAGUGACGUCAUCUCACCGGCCAUGUUCCAGCCGUCUUCUGCCAUUUUCCCGCCACUGAGCCAAACGUAUUUCAGACCGUGGAGCCCAGUCUACCCUCCGUUUCCUACAAGCACUUCUAUGUUUCCACCCAGUGGUACGUUUCAACGGACAGUUUUCAACAGGAAUUCCAAUUUCGCGUCUUCUGCUUCACAGACGGUUAGUGUUAUGGUCCGUCCGAGUGUAUCUGCUUCAACCAGCCCUCCAUUCAGUCCCCGUACCUCGCCUGUCAUCAGCCUUCCGACUCAGUAUCAAGCCUCCUGUAACUCAGACAGUGGAGAGAGUCGCCACACUGUGGACGAUUAUUUAGCCGCUGUAACUUUGGCCAGUGGUUUUCAGCGGGAAAAUUAG